AUGCUGAGAUAUUCGCAAAACUUCAGACUGCAGGUGUCUGCGGAGGGGAACGAACGCGUGAUACCCUUUCUGGGAGUUAACGCGUUCACCACCACACCAUGCGCGUCUUUCGUUUCACCUCUCUCUCUCUCUUUUGUCUUUUUUUCGUUUUCCUAUUCACUCACUUUUAUACCUCUUAACGCUUCCAAGCCCAGUCUGUUCUCUUCGCACUGGUCAAUACACGCUCAAAUACAAAACUCUGACCAGCUGGACGUUGACGUGAAAAACUGCUCGAAAUCGUCGUUGCCAGAUGCAUUCGAAUUAAAAUCGUAUUCACUCAGAGGCACAAAAAGCUUAUCAGGUAUUCUAAGCCGCUAA